UUUUUUUAGUUUUUUCAUUUUCAUUUUAAUUAUUUAUAGGACCUGAUUCUUGUCCUCGUUCUAUGUGAUUCUUUCUUUCCUCUUUUACUAAUUUAAAUUAAAAAAGAAAUAAAAUUCUGUUCAGUUCAGUUCAGUUCCCAUUAAAGUGUCUGUUGACGUUAAUCUUAGCAAUCCCAUAAAUACUUCCAUUUCCUAAAAGUGUUUUUCACUUUGGUCUGGUUUUAGUUUGUUGGCCGCCGAGAAAGAACAAACUUUUUUUUUGGGUUUGAAAAGAGCAAAAAAAAAACUCAGUUUGACUUAUAGCUUCAUUCAGCUCCCUUAGGUUUUGAGGUUUUUAAUUUAUUUUCUUUUCUCUUUCGUUGUCUUUUCCCUCUGUCUUCUUAGCAUCCAAACAGAGUUUUUCUUCCCUUGUUCCUCUCUUCCCAUCAUCGUAUUGUUACUUCUUUCGAUUUGGGCUUUAAAGGUUUUAGGAUUCCACGACUGCAUUCCUGAGAUUGAUUGAUUUAAGCUUCAAAUUUCGAUUUCAGUAAAAUUUGCAUUGUUGCCACCGCGAUGAAAAGCUACAAUCGCCUUCAGGGGUCUUUUGCUUAAUGGACUGCAAGCCUAGUAGUAGUGACAAGAAGACAUUAAAGAGGUGGUUUUUCAUUGAUAAAAGGGUCGGGUAAAGAAGUUUUCCAUAGCUGAUAUACUGCAGAAUUCUCUCUUAUAAAAAGUUACUUCGUUCUUCAUCGUUGAUUGCGCAACAAAUCUGGAUCCGAUGGACAUAAAAUCAAAUCACACUGUUCCAGUUCUCACUGAUCCUGCACCCCUAAGCAAGUCAAGACUUGGGGUACAUUCGAAUCUGUUUUCGUACUCGCCACCAGGAGCAGCCUUUUCUCCUAGUCUUCUCCUAACAAUACCCAGGAAGAAGACUGGAGUACUUGAUGAUGUUCGUUCUAGCUCUUGGCUGGAUGCCAUGAAGGCCUCAUCACCUCCGCACAGGAAGAUAAAUUGCAUCAACAACGACUCUCCUACAUAUGACGUUGAUUUUGCUUACCGUACUUGGAUGGCCAAACACCCAUCAGCUCUCAAAUCUUUUGAGCAAAUAACAAAUAUGGCAAAAGGCAAACGAAUCGCAUUGUUUCUCGAUUAUGAUGGAACUCUUUCGCCAAUUGUAGAUAACCCUGAUUUUGCUUUCAUGUCUGAUGCUAUGCGGGCUGCCGUAAAAAAGGUGGCAAAAUACUUUCCAACUGCAAUAAUUAGCGGAAGAAGCCGAGACAAGGUAUUUAAGUUUGUAGGACUGACAGAACUAUAUUAUGCUGGUAGUCAUGGAAUGGAAAUCAUGAGCCCUGUUGAACAAUCUAUACUAGAGGACCAUCCAAAUUGUUUUAGGUCUUCUGACAAGCAGGGCAAGGAUGUUAACCUGUUCCAGCCUGCACGUGAAUUCUUACCUAUGAUUGAGGAGGUUUAUAAAUCUCUCAUUGAAAAUACCAAAGAAAUUGAAGGAGUCAGAGUUGAGGACAAUAAGUUCUGUGUAUCCGUGCACUAUCGUAACGUAGAAGAGAAAAGUUGGGACACUGUUGCACAACGCGUAGAGGACAUUCUUAAAGAUUAUCCUCGUCUGCGCUUGACUCAUGGGAGAAAGGUUUUGGAGGUGAGACCUGUCAUAAACUGGGAUAAGGGGAAGGCCGUAGUAUUUUUGCUUGAAUCACUAGGGCUAAGUGGCUGUGAUGAUGUGCUCCCAAUAUACGUUGGAGACGACCGCACCGAUGAAGAUGCAUUUAAGGUUUUGAGAGAGAGAAAUUGUGGUCAUGGAAUUUUAGUCUCUAGUGUCCCCAAAGAGACCAAUGCAUUUUACUCUCUGAGGGAUCCAUCUGAGGUGAUGGAGUUUCUCAAGUCACUGGUGAUAUGGAAGAAAUCAAGUGCCUUAUAAAAAAUACUAUAUAUAUAUAUAUAUAGUAGAUUAUAAAGGAGACAUACAUAUACGAUGAUAAGGGUACCCUACUUUUUCUAGAGGUUUUUAUACCAUCAGCUUUGGGAGUAUAGGCUUAUAUGCAUAUACAAGGCGUUUCUAAAGAGACGGAGGUCUAUUUUGGUGCCUAACUAGUUGCACUGCUCCAUGGUUCUUGUCUUUAAUUGUAAAUUCAAUUUUUAUUUUUAAUUAUCUUUUAUUUUGGCUUUGAGAUCCCUCUCAUAUAUAGGUUUUUUUUUUUCCCAACCCUUUUGGUUAUCCUUAUAUCCAUCCAAUGUGUGUAUCAGUCAUUCAUUUAUUUAGUUCCCACAUUUCAAUUUAAUUUUGGUUAACUUUAUGAUAUCCGAAUAAUUUAUUAAUUCUUUUAAAUGAGAUUAUAUAUUACAAUUUCUUUUUCUUC